UUUCUUCACAAGUCACUUCCUUGUUCCUCUGACUGAUUCUCUCUGCCUGCCUCUCCUCAGACUGACGAUGGCUGAAGCCCAGCUGUUUAUAUCACAGGACGAGUUCACCUGCUCGGUGUGUCUGGACACCCUGACUGACCCCGUCACCAUCCCCUGUGGUCACAAUUUCUGUCUGAAGUGCCUCACGGACUACUGGGAUCAGAGCCAAGAGUGCAGCUGUCCUCAGUGCAGACACACCUUCAUGCUGAGGCCUGAACUGCGAAGAAAUAAUCUUCUGAAUGAAUUUAUUAAGAAAUUAAAGAAGACGACUCUCAGUCCUCCUCCUCCUCAGAAUUAUGCCGGCCCUGGAGACGUGGAGUGUGACUUCUGUACUGGUAAGAAGUUCAGAGCGGUGAAGUCCUGUCUCACCUGCAUGGCCUCCUACUGUCAGACUCACCUGCAGCCUCACUAUGAAGGAAACGCCCUGAAGUACCACAAGCUGGUUGAUCCUGAUAGAAAUCUGAAGGAGAAACUCUGUGAGAAACAUCAGAAAAGUCUGGAGAUAUUCUGUAAAACUGAUGAUUCCUGUAUCUGCAUGAUGUGUGUGGUGACUGAACACAAUGGGCAUAAAAUGGUCGAUCUGGAGACGGAAAGAGAAGAAAAGCAGAAACAGCUGGGGGCGACACUAAGUGACAUCAAGAGAAGAGUUGAGGAGAGAGAGAAGACACUGAAGAAGACGAGGAGGGCGAUGGACAAGAUGAAGAUGUCUGUGGUAAGAGAGGUGGAAGAAAAUGAGAAGAGCUUCACUGCUCUGAUGCGGUGCAUUGAGGAAGCCCACAGGAAACUGACUGAGAGGAUCAGAGAACAAGAAAAGAGAGAAAUGGAGAAGGCUGAAGGAGUCAUGAAGCGACUGGAGAAGGAGAUCGAUAAGCUGAAAAGGAGAGAAGCUGAGCUGAAGGAGCUUUCAGAGACCAAGGACCAUCUCCACUUCCUACAGACUUUCUCAUCUCGCUGUGUCCUUCCUGCUGAUGGAGACUCGCUGAGCUUCACUGUCACCACUGAUUUCUCAUCUGAGGACCUGAGAAAGGAGCUGUCAGGUCUGACAAAGAGUCUGGAGAAGAUCAGCCAGGGGGACAUCAUGAGAAGGACUCCAUCAGACUUCUGUCCCCUCACACUGGACAUCAACACGGCACACAGAGACCUCCGUCUGUCUGAUGGGAACAAGAAGGUGACACGUGAGGGGACAAAGACUGAAUAUCCUGAUCAUCCUAACAGAUUUGACCGCUGCACUCAAGUUCUGUGCAGAGAGGCUCUGACUGGGACUCGCUGUUACUGGGAGGUGGAGUGCAGUGGAGACUUCAUGAGGAUUGGAGUUGCAUAUAAAGGACUGGGCAGGAAAGGAGUGGGAAGGGAGUGUGACCUUGGAAAGAACAACAAGUCCUGGUGUUUGCAGUUGUCUCAUUCCCAGUUCUGGUCUCAUUCCCAGUACUUUGUGUGGCACAAUAACAAAAGGACUCUAAUCACCGCCCCCUACAGCCCCAAAAUAGACAGGUUGUCACCCUAUGAGCUCUUCACUGCUGACCUAAGCCCUGCUGCCCUCUUCUCUCUCCUGUCACCUCAGCCAUUGCUUCAGUCCCUGCUGUGUCACCUCAUAAAGCCACUGGUCUGUCUGGUCACUCAGGUCCUCGUCACAGCUGAACACUGGCAGUCGUUCAAACUCUACAGGCUGACAGCCAUGUUGUCCUGUCGUCUGAUAUUUGUGUUGGUUGAGGUCGUCUCCUGCUGA